UCAGCUCAACUGCAUAAGCAGCCUUUUUCUUUCCUUCAGUACAGAUUUGACACUGCAAUUGCGAGUCUGGUGAGUUCUUGUCUUCAAUCCUGCUGUCCUGCCCACUCGGCUGCCCGCCAGCUCCGAUUACGGCCCCGCUCAUUGGCCUGCGCCUGCUAUCAGUCAACGCCUGGCAGCUGCUGGGCGACAAUGGCAGAUGUCGAGUGCAGCUUGUGGUGUCGUCCAUCAAUGCUUUGUCCUUGGCUGAGUGCAGCAGACAGCUUAUCUUACGCCCAGCGUUUCGAGCGUUUGGCAGUCAAAGUGCGUCACUAACGUCGACUCAGCCCACAGCUACUCCACAUCACACAUCACACACAGGCCGAGAACAAGAUAUACGCAAUGAGUACUCCGCCAUCAAUACCUCCCCGUCCAUCUCGGGCUCAGAACAGCGCUGCGCCCGCGCCAGCAAGCUCUCUUGAUCUGCCCCGGGUCCCUCCCCGCCCGAAGGGCCGCAUCGAGCGCUCCCAAUCGCCGCACAGAUUCGACCGCUCGCCGCUCAAUGACCCAACAUACGCACAUGGUGGUCCUCCCAAGGACAACCGACGUCUCAGCACCGAGGUACCUGCCCGCCCGCCGAGUGUCUCACUUCCUUCCAUCGGCCAGGAGGGUAGCGAGUAUGCCAGCUUCGAGGAUCUCUCAAAGACGCUCACAAACGAGAGCCGUGGGUCCGUCCAGCAGUCAUCGAUAGCUACCGAUCUGCCCCUGCACGCUCCAACAGCCUCGGUACCAGGCUCGACAGCAAAGCGUAACAUACAAGCUGUCACGCGUACCGAUUCCAAUCAGGCAGCUGCAGCAGGCUUUGGCAAGCUGGCGCCCGAAGACAAUGCGACUCCGGGUGCAAAGACUGGUCGUUCUGGCAGCUCCGUUGGCUCGCGACCGGCCUCACUUUACAACGACAAGGAUCACGCCGGCAUUCCCGAGAUCGGUGUUCAGGUGCCCAUGUUUCGUGGUGCUGGCGACGUCCAGGCCCCCACACCCAACCCAUACGAGCAGCAGACUGGAGGCGGCGUUGGCUUCCACAACAAGACCAGUAGCAAGUCCGGUGGCCGCCACCACGGACGUACAAAGAGUGGCCGUGAAAUAUUCCACGGCCCUCCUGGUAGCUAUGGUAUGCACGGACACGGAAAGAUCUCCAACGAUGAGUUUGAGAAGAAGUGGUAUGAGAAGCACCCCGACGAUUUGAAGCGCGAGAAGGCCGGAGAGUAUGGCCCGCAUAUCCAGGAGAACAGGAAAGAUUACCACUGGCGUGCCGAUGACCUCAACAAGGUGGUUCACAAAGCCCCCAGUGACAUUGGAUUUGGCACGUCGCGCGAAGGUGUCAGCACGCCGGACGAGCAGAUUGGAUACAGGGCUACUGAUGAAUAUGCAUCGAGAAUGGCAUCUCCUAGACCCUCUUCUUCUACGAGCCGUCCCACGAGCAAAGCUACGAACCAAGAAUCUGCACUGCGUCAGGAGACUUCGGCUGAGCAGCUGGAUGACAAUGGUGAUGUGAUUCACAUCGACCCUCCUGCCCACCCGCGCGGCAAGAUCCAUGGCGGGGGUUACGACCCACCGACUGAGGACCUCGGUCCUGAGGGAGGAAAUACCGACGAGAGAGGCGGUUGGAUCACUGAGCGUGGAUACGGCAUGCCUAUCCUUGCCUCUGACGAGGUGCAGAAGCAUCCCAACACCGAGUGGAGGCAACCUGCGAUAUCGCCUGAAUUGGAGCGGCGUCAUGAUGGCGAGUAUACGGUCAACGAGGACGGAACUCCCGCCUACAUCACGAAGCAGCGCACUCAUAGCCGAAGCUCGAGUCGAAACAACACUCAGCAGCACCGCGCUAUUGCUAACCCUACUCACUUUGGAGACAGGAGCAGUACCCCUCUCGAGUCGCACAAGGAAUACGAACCUCUGUUCCCCGAGGAUGACGAGGACGGCAAGAAGCCCAAGACCCUCGCCGACAAGGUCAAGCGACCUAAUCUUGCUCGCCACCACUUCCCUAGUCAAGACGUUUGGGAGGACGCACCCGGCAGCCUGCAACUGGAAACUACUGUUGACACUCCAGAGGCUCCUGACGAGCCUGACACUCCAGCUGGUGGUGAUGUGAGCGCCGCCCAGGUCUUUGAGGCGCCAGAGACAGAGGAGAAGCGCAAAAGUACCAUCACCAAGGAGGAUCAGCAGGAUUUCCUAUCCGAGCACACCAAGCAGUUUGCCGCCGAAAACAAGCAUUUGCGUGGAGUGCGUCCUACGACACAAAGAUUCCCGAGUCAAGAUGUCUGGGAAGAUGCGCCGGACCAUGGUCACCUUGAGACAACUGUCAGCGGGCCACAAACUCCCGACACCAAUGAGUAUGCUCCCGACUCUCCGAUCGUUGAUAAGCCUUCCAUCCCAGCUCGCCCGACGGUGCCCGCACGCCCCCAGAAGGCACAACAAGAGAUCUCACCAGUGGACAAGAAAACCCCUAUCAUUCCAGACCGUCCCAAGCCUCAAAUUCCAGUGCGCCCGAGCAAGCCUUCGCAAUCAUCGUCGGAGAAAGUUCCUACCACAGAGCGGGCUGUCGAGAAUGAUGCCCCUCAGCCGAAGGCUAAGCCCCCAGUUCCUGCGCGGCCAGCUGGCUCUAAGAUCGCUGCACUCCAAGCCGGCUUUUUGCAGGAUCUGAACAGCAAGCUGGGCCUUGGCCCGCAAGGACCAAAGGUCAAAGAACCAGAGGAAGAAAAGGUGGUGGAACCUGCUCAGCCUUUGUCGGACGCCCGCAAGGGCAGGGCUAAGGGUCCCCAGAGGCGUAAGCCUGCAGCAUCCCCAGCGCCAGCGGCAACUAUCACAGCUGAGGUUGCCGUCCCGAGGGCUAAGUUGGAUCUUGCGCCAGUCACAGCCAUCUGGAGCUUCGGCGAAGAUGGUGCCCUGGAAGUUCCUGCCGCAAGGCUAGCCACCCAGAUCCAACAUACCUUGGAUUCGCACAAGCCUACAGGGAGCGAGCAUGAGAUCGAAAAGAAAGCUGAGGUCCCUAGUGGGCUUGAGGCUAAUGACGUCCCGGCUAAGGAUAGCAAGAAGGCUACUGAAACUCCCAUCACUGAUUCUCUGAAGUCUGUCACCAUUCCAGUGGUUGAGGCCGCGAAGUCUGUUGUACCUGCGGAAGUUAGCUCCUCAUCCGAUGCGUCUGCCAAGGACGAACCCAGCAUCUUGACCAAAAUCACCGAUGCGCUUCCCUCCCUGACAUCGCAGGAAGAGUCGGUCAAGCCUGCCCCUGGUUCGUUCGAGGCUCCUGGAGCAUUCCCUGACGUUGACACGUCGGGCGAAGCAGAUUCGGAAACCAAAGAUAGCAGGCCAGAGACGACAGAGGCGCCGGCUUUGGCUCAGACGGAGUCUUCCUCUCUGACGAAGACGGAUUCUCAACCUUCAACACAGUCUCAGGGUGCCACAGAAGGCGUGCCCACUGCUCUCAGAGAAUCCGCGGCUGACGCAUAAGGCAUGUUCUGAUAUUACAGCAGGAGCGAAGGCAGUGUUGAGAUGCAGGGGCCUCGUGGUGGUUGUUCUUAUUCCCGUGUAUGUCGACAGCUAGAUCCAUUGCUACACGGCUGGUGAAAUGCAAAUUUUAGUUCAGAACUGCUUCCUAUCCUGACGCCGCCACCGGAUGC